UUGUUUGCAAAGAAAAACAAUUUAGUUUAAUACAUAAUAGAUUCGUUUAAAUAGAACGAUUAAAUCCAAGUUUUUAGAAAUAAGUAUGAAUAGUCACGAUAAAAAUAUGUAUUUAAAGUGAAGCGAGACACAAAGAGUACGUGGUUAAUUUAAAUGGAACGUUUCUCCGAUAGAAAAGUGACUUUAUUCUAUGAUUUUAUAGGAAUUGGAUUGAAGUAGAUCUGAAACAUGGUGAAGUCCAAUAUUAACAGCAAUAUAUGGAACUUUCUUUGUUUGCUGCUUUUAUUUACGAUACUGUCAGUCUUAUUAACUGUAGAAUCACCAAAAGAUUUAAAUACAAAAAAGACAAUUCACUCAAAAAUGCUUUCACGACAGCUCAAAACAUUUGUAGAAAUACCAAACCCAACACAGCAGCCUGAGUUAUUUGAAAACAAUAAGCCACGUAUAAAACAAAAAGAAAUUCCACUUAUAUACGCCAUUACUCCAACUUACUAUAGAUUAACACAAAUGGCGGACCUAACAAGAAUGGCAAACACUUUACGGCAAGUCAGACGGCUCCACUGGAUAGUUGUUGAGGAUUGGACAUCUACUAACCAUCAUAUCCACGAAUUUUUACUCUUCACGAAUAUGUCCUUUACGUAUAUAUCUCAAGCAACAAGGGCAUCAACAAAUGCUUCAAAAGGAAAUGAUCAGAAAAAUGCCGCCAUCCAAUGGAUAACCCGAAAUCACCACUGGGGAGAACAGGCUGUUGUUUAUUUUGCGGAUGAUGACAAUGCUUACGAUCUACGUUUAUUUGAAGAGAUGCGAUAUACUCAAAAGCUUUCUAUGUGGCCUGUGGGACUUAGAGGUGGGAUGAAAGCAGAGACACCUAUUGUCGAAGAUGGAAAGGUGACAGGCUUCAUUGGAUGGGCAACAAAAUACCGGAUGUUUGCUAUAGAUAUGGCAGGAUUCGCUGUCAAUGUCAGUGUUUUAUGGGAUUAUCAUCCAAUGUUAUUUGAAACUCAAAUGCCAGCAUACACAUGUUGUACUGCAGAAACUAAGUUCUUGGAACAGUGUUGUACUAUUGAAGAUAUAGAACCAAUGGCAGAUAACUGUACAAAGGUUUACGUAUGGCACACGAAGACUGGGAAGCCCAAUUAUGUAAAGGAUGACUCAAGAUUAGACCACAUAUAUGUGUAAUAAAAUAAAGUGCAAAUCGUGAAGUUGUGCAUUUCUGUUGCAACGAGAUCAUGAGAUGAAACAGGAAACAAUAGUUACUAAGAAAAGAUGGACCGACUCGAGUAGACCGAUGAGUCUCAAACUUUACAUAAAAAUCCGUAAAAGAUUUUUAUUCGGUUUGCUAGUACAUCAAUGAAUCGGCAAAGUGUACACAUCAAUGACGUGUAGAAAAAUGUGUUUAAUCUUACAAUAAAGUCAAGUUAAAACUUUUA